UUGCAUUUUCUCCAAUCAUUGAUGUCUCCUAACUCUUUACAGGUGAAAUGUCAUCCUUGUGAGUUGUCUAUAUAAUGCAAUCCUCAUGAUUUUCUUUGUUCCUCUAUGCUAUCACAUAGUGUCUAUAACUUCCUACAAAGGAAGAAGAUAUACAAGAUGGUAGCUACUCAUAUGCAUAUGGAUGAAAUAUACACAAGACAGGAAAUUCUUUAUAAUAGCAUAUACAGUACUCCUUAGGAUGGUUUGUUUCUGCACAAACAAGCGGAAACCAGAGACAGAAUCCCAGGCUUUUUUCCAAUGAACUCGCUGCUUGUCAUCUUAAUGUAUACAAUUUGUGUGAUAUACAUGGAGCCUUUUAUUUUCUUGUGUGGGUAGAGAAAGAAGAUUCCUGAACUAGGAGAAAUAUGAAAACUACAAGCUUUUCAAAUUGUUUUUGAGUUCUCGAUGUUCGUUACACAAUUGAUGCAUGCAUUUAUAUGUUUGAUGGUUUUACAGGGUGCUUUCCCUUGAAGAUGAAGUUUUCAAUGCCGUAAUGCUAGCUAAGAAAUUUGGUCCUGAUGUACGUGAGGGAAAACGUAGGCAAUUCAACUACAUAGGUGGCCUUUUGCGAAAGGUACAACCUGACUUGAUGGAGGCUAUACUUCAAGCUACAAAAGAUGGGGAGAUGGAUAAGUUUCAUACCCUGCCUGGAAGUGACAAAGAAUCCAUGGAUGAAAGUGUGGAACUUGAUGGAAAUGACAUUGAAGAGGAAGAAGAAAUGGAUGAAGAGGAACUUCGGAAGCUUGUUCGUGAAGUAUGUGCCAAGCAAGAAUACAAAUUGCCUGAAGAAAGUUCUACAAAGAUAGAAGUGGAUACAGCACUAUCUCAAGCAAACAAAUCAUUGUACAACUUUUUAUUCUUGCUUGCAAAACAAAAUCAUGUUGCUGGCUAUUGAUUUUAGCUUCAGCCAUCACUACUUACCGUACAAUUCAUUGGGUGCUACCAAAUGACAACAGACAACAAAGCACCUCUUCUGAUGAAGUCCAGGCAACUGGCAACGUGACACGAUUCAUGAAACACCACCUUACCCAUUUUAUUACAACAAAAAAAGGGAAUGUAAAUGGUUGGUAUGAAAUUUCUGCAAAUUGGUUCAAAUCUUGUAACUAUAUUAUUAUUAUACUCUUUCAGUGCUCUCAUGUAAUUGAUCAGUCGGUUUGUUAGAGAUACAGUGAGUGGGAUACAUAAAGCCUCUAUAACAUACUUUUGAUACUAUCACAAUUCUUUCUCAAGAUUCGACCUAGAGGAAUCAUGCAGCUUCGGGUACCCAUUUUAUUCGUGUACUCAUACUGCACAUGGUGAACAUAAGAGCAUUCAUUGUUUACUAUGUUGUUAUGCUAUUGAAUUUAUAGUGGUUUUUGCACUUACAUUAA